ACAACAGGAUUGUCUCCUCCAAGUACACCCUCUGGAACUUCCUCCCCAAGAACCUUUUCGAGCAGUUUCGAAGAAUUGCCAACUUCUACUUCCUCAUCAUCUUCCUCGUGCAGGUGAUAGUGGACACCCCAACCAGCCCGGUGACCAGUGGCCUCCCGCUCUUCUUUGUCAUCACUGUCACAGCUAUCAAACAGGGGUACGAGGACUGGCUGAGGCACAGAGCUGACAACGAGGUGAACAAAAGCAACGUCUUUGUCGUGGAAAAUGCAAAGCAAGUGCGGAAAGAGAGUGAAAAAAUCAAGGUUGGAGACAUUGUAGAAGUGAAAGCAGAUGAGACCUUCCCCUGUGACUUGAUAUUUCUGGCCUCCAGCAGCACUGAUGGCACCUGCUACGUCACCACAGCGAGCCUGGACGGCGAGUCCAACUUCAAGACCCACUACGCCGUGCGGGACACCACCGUGCUCUGCACUGACGAAGCCAUCGACACCCUCACGGCCACCAUCGAGUGUGAGCAGCCCCAGCCUGACCUCUACAAAUUUGUUGGAAGGAUUAUCAUCUAUGGGAGUAACCAAGAGCCUGUAGCCAGGUCUUUGGGUCCUGAAAACCUGUUGUUGAAAGGUGCUACCCUCAAAAAUACCAAGAAGAUUUACGGAGUUGCAGUCUAUACUGGCAUGGAAACAAAAAUGGCUCUCAACUACCAAGGGAAAUCUCAGAAACGCUCUGCAGUAGAGAAAUCCAUCAACGCUUUCUUGAUAGUGUAUUUAUGCAUCUUAUUGGGCAAGGCCACUGUGUGCACAACUCUGAAAUAUGUCUGGCAGAGUAAUCCAUUUAAUGAUGAGCCUUGGUACAACGAGAAGACUAAAAAAGAGAGAGACACGUUCAAGGUGCUGCGGAUGUUCACGGACUUCCUGUCGUUCAUGGUCCUCUUCAACUUCAUCAUCCCCGUCUCCAUGUACGUUACAGUGGAGAUGCAGAAGUUCUUGGGCUCCUUCUUCAUCUCCUGGGACAAGGAGAUGUACGAUGAGGAGAUCCAGGAGGGAGCGCUGGUGAACACGUCGGACCUGAACGAGGAGCUGGGGCAGGUGGAGUACGUGUUCACAGACAAGACAGGCACGCUGACAGAGAACAGCAUGGAGUUCAUCGAGUGCUGCAUUGACGGGCACAAGUACAAGGACUGCAUGGCAGAGGUGGAUGGCUUCUCCCAGCCUGAUGGGCCCCUCAAGUACUAUGGCAAGGCUGAGAAGAGCCGUGAGGAGCUGUUCCUGAGAGCCCUGUGCCUGUGCCACACGGUCCAGAUCAAGGAGGCAGACCAGGUGGAUGGGCUGGUGGCACACCCAGAACGCAAAUACACCUACAUCUCCUCCUCCCCAGAUGAGAUCGCUCUGGUCAAAGGCGCAGAAAAGUAUGGUUUCACUUUUCUAGGACUUGAAAACAAUUUCAUGAAAAUCCGAAACCAAAAGAAUGAAACUGAGAUGUACCAACUUCUGCACGUGCUGAACUUUGAUCCUGUCCGGCGGCGCAUGAGUGUCAUUGUGAGAACCAGCACAGGAAAGUUGCUCCUCUUCUGCAAAGGAGCAGACUCCUCUAUUUUUCCGAGGGUGCAGCAAGAAGAAAUCCAGCAGACAAAAGUCCACGUGGACCGCAAUGCCAUGGAUGGCUACCGAACCCUCUGUGUGGCCUUCAAGGAGCUGACUGAAAAGGAGUAUGACAGGAUUGACAGGCAGCUCAAUGAGGCCAAGAUGGCUCUGCAGGACAGGGAGGAGAAGAUGGCCAAGGUUUUUGAUGACACGGAGGCAGACAUGCACCUGAUUGGGGCUACAGCUGUAGAGGACAGGCUGCAGGAGCAGCUGGCAGAGACCAUCGAGGCCCUGCACGCCGCUGGCAUGAAGGUGUGGGUGCUGACAGGGGACAAGAUGGAGACGGCCAAGUCCACGUGCUACGCCUGCAGGCUGUUCCAGACCAGCACCGAGCUGCUGGAGCUGACGGCCAGGACGGUGGGCGAGGGCGACAGGAAGGAGGAUCGGCUCCAUGAGCUGCUGCUGGAGUACCACAAAAAGCUCAUCCAGGACCUGCCCAAAACCAGGGCUGGCCUCAAGAGAAGCUGGACGUUGAGUCAGGAGUAUGGACUGAUCAUAGAUGGCUCCACGCUGUCGCUGAUACUCAACCCCUCUCAGGACUGUGGCUCCAGCAAUUACAAAAGCAUCUUCCUGCAGAUCUGCCUGAAGUGCACUGCAGUGCUCUGCUGCCGGAUGGCUCCCCUGCAGAAAGCACAGAUUGUGCGAAUGGUGAAGAACACGAAAGGAAGCCCGAUAACCCUGUCCAUAGGGGAUGGUGCAAAUGAUGUCAGCAUGAUUCUGGAAGCACAUGUUGGGAUAGGGAUCAAGGGCAAGGAAGGACGCCAGGCCUCCAGGAACAGCGACUAUGCUGUGCCAAAGUUUAAACACUUACGAAAACUGCUACUAGCACACGGGCAUUUAUAUUAUGUGAGAAUAGCACACCUUGUACAGUAUUUCUUCUAUAAGAACCUUUGCUUCAUUUUACCACAGUUUUUAUACCAGUUCUUUUGUGGAUUCUCACAGCAGCCACUGUAUGAUGCUGCUUACCUGACCAUGUACAACAUCUGCUUCACGUCGCUGCCCAUCCUGGCUUACAGCCUGCUGGAGCAGCACAUCAGCAUUGACACCCUGACCUCGGACCCUCAGCUCUACAUGAAGGUGUCAGACAAUGCCAUGCUGCAGUGGAGGCCCUUCCUGUACUGGACCUUUCUAGGCGCCUUUGAAGGACUCGUAUUUUUCUUUGGGGUUUAUUUUCUUUUCCAAAACUCAUCCUUGGAAGACAACGGAAAGGUGUUUGGGAACUGGACCUUUGGGACGAUUGUCUUCACCGUGCUGGUGUUCACCGUCACUCUCAAGCUAGCGUUAGAUACCCGAUUCUGGACGUGGAUGAACCACUUUGUGAUUUGGGGCUCCCUUGCUUUCUAUGUGUUUUUCUCAUUCUUUUGGGGAGGAGUCAUUUGGCCUUUCUUGAAGCAGCAAAGAAUGUAUUUUGUAUUUGCUCAUAUGCUGACUUCUGUUUCCACAUGGCUGGCAAUAAUUCUCCUGAUCUUUAUCAGCCUUUUCCCAGAAAUUCUUCUAAUAGUUUUAAAAAAUAUAAAAGAGAAAAAUCAUCAGGCUGGCCCCUUUGAUCUGCCUGUGUUAGUGUCAUACAAACGUAUAGAGAAUGGUUAUGUGAAGGCUGAAGAUGCUGUUACUAAUUUGGCAGAAAGAUAUCCUCUCAGGAUACCUUAAAGUGCUCCACACAAACGUUGUCCUGCUGUAGGAACCCAUGGUUUUAACCUGGCAGUGACCUUUGAUGGCACCAAGGACUGCGAGCAGCCUGCUGGGAGAGCAGCCAGGGCACUGGCCCCACGUCAGGCUUUGGUCUUGAGGCUUCCCUGCCCUCCCAGAAAAACCAGUUCUGCCAAAUCCUGCAUCAUUGGAGCUGGGACAGCAUCGUUAGGAGCUCACCCCAACAGCAUGGAUCGAAUGCAGGAGUGCAGUGCCAGCCCCAUCUCUCUGGGGCUCUGUGCCCGCUGCGGAUGUGCCCCAGAGCAGCAGGGCUGCUCACGCUCCUGCUCUGCCUGACCAAAGAAGUAGCACAGACUCCAACCCAGUAACAUUCCCCUGCAGCCCUGAAGGCACUGGGACGAGGCUGCUGCCCUCAGAAGGUGGAUUGAGCCCUGGAGCACCACUGGUGCUGGUGCUGGGCUGUGCUGCCUCGCUGGCAGCUGCCAUCCCCAGCCACGGGUGCCCACAUGGACACGGCAGGAUCACUGAGAAUUCAGGAGAAACCUUUGCCCCUCUGUCCUGCAGGUGGAGCUGGAAACAGUCUGGUCUGGCCACAGCAGUGGUGUCUGUGUGAAGACCUGCAGUGCUGGAAGUGCCAGAGCAUCCUCCCACAAGCGGUUUGCUGCUGGGUUUAUUCCUGCUGCAGAGUGAAGAAAAGGUUGUUCUGUGGCUGUUUGUGAUGGAAGGAAGCUUUGUGGGGGAAAAAGGAAUCCCAGAAGCUGGGCUGUGCCAGACUCUGAGCCCCAGUGCCCAGGCUCCUCUGCUGUGCUUGCAUUACUGCACUGUGCUGUGGCUCCAACACUUUAGAGGGUGAGGGUCAGCAUGGUCCUUGGCUGAUCCCAGGGACAUGGGCUGUGCCUGUCAACCUGCAGGUGCAUGAAACUGCAUCUUGAGUUAUUUGCACUAAGAAAAAAGAAGACAGUUUGAAAUUGAAUACAUGAACCUGAUUUCAUUUUACAUUUUUUUUUAAAUUGGCAUGUUCUUUUCAAAUCUACCUGUACCAUGGUAGUAGGAACUUUCCUGUUUAGGUUCUGCACAGCAAAGGUGAGAUGCCUGACUCUCAAUGUUUUUUUUUGUCUGAUACUUCAUGUGUGGCAAGAGCAGCUUGUUUUGUUGUGUGAAGUCACGAGCAGUGACAGAGCGGGCUGUGUGUCCUGCUGGGUGCUGUGGCAGUCCUGCCUCGUGCUGAUGUUCCCCAGAGGAGCUGCUGGGAGAAGCUUGGGGCUCCUUUCAGAAGCAGCAAUCUCUGCACUGCCGCUGGGUUUGGCUCCUGCUCGCUCAGCUUGGUCAACGGAACCAUUUGGGACAGACAGAACAUUCCCCUCACCAAAUGUUGUGGAACUGCAGGCUGUUAAUUGUUGGAAGAACCAAGCCUUGCUCUCUGGCUGCCGUCCCUGCGGUUCGGCUGCGGCUGGUGCGGAUCGGCUGCUGGCAGAUCCUCUGGUACAUCAUGAGGAGGUUGGAUGGCCUUACCUGAGUGGGAGAGGGCAGUGCUCAGUCCCUGGGGCUGCCCUGCCCUCGCCCAGCGCGGGAGGGAUGGAUGGAAGGAUGGACAGGAGCACUGUGCCGUACACUCUGCACUGGCCUCGCACGAGCAGCGUCCGCGCUCGGCUCCUGCUGCAUGCGGGGCAGGAGCUGCACUGCCAGCAUGUGCCCACGGGCAAAGCCCUCAUCUCCUGCUUCUGUUUGCUUUUCCCAUUUUCCUAGCUCAUUUCACAGACCUAGAGUUCGACUUGCAGCCCUUGUCCCGUGCUCAGCUUUCCCUGCAGAAAUGUGGUGCCUACAGAUCAAGUAUGUGAUGAAUGCAAUGGAGAUGUGCUCUAUAUGCCAAAUCUAACCAUUCUCCUUAAAUACACGGUUGCUGACUUGUGUUUACAUAACCUCUGAAAAAUGGGCACUAAAAUGCCUCAUUCCUGUGAUUCAGAACCAUUCCAAGCCCGAAUGGUCCCAAGCUUGACACCUUGCUUCUCAGUGUGCUUUGUGUCAUGCUCUGCUCCAGGGGUCAGAGUCUGCUCCCCUGGGAUUCCAUUGGUGUCAGUGGGAGCAGUGGAACCUGACGUGUGUGUGAACUGUUCAAAUAGUCACAAAACCAGGAUAAUUCCUGCUGCCUGUCUCAAGCCAGAGCCUUCUGAGAACCAAAUCUUUCUCUUGGCCUUUCCAAGUGUCCUGUCUCCAGCCAGAACAAGCCAUUGCAAUAGCUGAACGUUCAAACCCAAGGUGUGCAGGGUGGAAUUCAUGUGGAAUGUCCUGAAUAGCAGCUCUUUUGGGGGAAAAUGCGGUUUUUCUUGGGCUUGGAUCUUCAGGUAGUGCGCUGGUGUGGGGCUGGGUGCCAGGGCAGCCAGGCUGCCCCGGUCCUGCAGGAGAGCUGACCCUCGUCCCCCAGCAAUGGCAAAGCCAGAAUUCCGAUUGCUGUGGGUGACUCGGGGGGCACAGGAGCCCCUCCUGAGGCUGGAGAGGGGCAGGAGAGGGGCUGCUCCGGCUGUGAGGUGUGGGGCAGCAGGACAGCAGUGGCACAGGGGUGCUCUGGUGGGGUCCCUGGUGCGCUCACGGUGCCCUCAGGUACUGUAAAGGUCAGUACAGGCUUUUCGGUGGAGGAACUUGAAGGAAAAAAGGCUGGGCUUUUCUCAUCGUAAUUUGUUGAAGUUUUAUCACUGACUAGUGACACUGAAAGAUAAGGAAAGUAAUUAAGAUUACCUCUAAAACUCUUAUGUGAUAACAGCGGAGCUUGGUGUAGUCAUAGCGACUUCUCAAAAACUAAUCCUAAUCAUUAUGAGAAUAUUAUAAAUGACUUGGAAUUGCAUAAAAGCUUCAAAUUGAAUUUGUAUACACACAGUUGAAAAAUUUUCCUAAUACUGCACCAUUUAUCCAAUUUCCCAGCUAUAAAUUUUUUUAAAAAACCAUGUAGUGUAUAGAAAAUGUAAAUUAUAUACAGGCAAUGAGCAGAUACAUUUUCAGCUUCUUGCAAAGAAAAAGGACUGCAACCUUACAUUUUUUUCACUUUAAUGCAAUUUUAUACAUUUAUGUUGCUUUAUAUCAAGGAAAUUGAAUGUGAAUGUUACCUUUUAUGAAUGCAACUUGCUCUUUUUUCAUUACAGAAACUUUUAUUUGAAGUAAUCAAUAAACUUUGGUAUGUUGUUCUGAUUAAUAUA